CAAACUGCAAAGUAUAACAUGCUGAGCCGAGUCAUAUGGUUUUGUGGGUCCUCUAACCUUUGGAUCCUUCUUAAAUUGCACACUUCUCUCUUGUUUUUGUGAGAAGAAAGCAACCACUUAAGCAUACGCUCUAAACGGUUCUAAGAUUUUAUAACCAAAACCCAAAGUUCUCAGUGAUGGUGAAUCGUGGCUGUUCAACCACGAUUUUGUCUGGUUCUCUUAUAAUUCUUCUGGUGGUACAACUACACUUUGAGACUACAACGGCAGCUCGACAUGCCCCUUUUGUUUCCUGGUCACCACCUGAGCCGCCUAAAGAUGAUUUUGUGUGGUACCACAAGAUCAACCGCUUCAAGAACAUAGAACAAGAUGCUUUCAGACCAACUCACCAAGGUCCUAGUCAAGGUAUCGGACAUAAGAGCCCUCCUGGUGCUUCUUAAAAUACCCAUUUUGUUUUGGAGAACCUUACCACUUUGUCGCUCAGAGUUCGCGUUUGUUUUUGAUAUUUUGUGUGCUGUUUUUACGUAAAAGGAUAGAAGAAGUUGCAUACCACUUUCUUGUGGAGAGGACAUGAACGUGAAUCAAACAAGAAAAUGAUUUCAGAAUUUCUUUUUGCAAAGUGAUAUAUACUUCAUCCUUUAGGAAAGGCUCUGAAGGCAUCUAUUGCUUAUGGUGCUUAUUAUUUUGGUGUUUGUUGUUCUACGUUGAGACUUGAGAUGUCCAUUCUUUUUAGUAGAUAUGUAGUUUUUCUCGGUUUACAAUAAAGUUAAUAAUUGAUGGCAUUUUUAGCUAUCAAACAGCUAAAUAUUUGUUUUAACUCUAUUUUCUAGGAAUUUUAAUUUGAUCGCUACAAAAUACGAUGAUGAAAAUAUGAAUUUUGCAUCAUAUAUAUGUACGUAGUAAUAUAAGGUUUGCUGGCUGGAUUCGAUAAUUUAUACGCAUCCUUAUGAUAUUCGAUUAAAUUUCAACUACUAAUUUGUAUUUCUCCCAAGUUAUUGAUGUUACCUUCAAAUAUGCUUCAAGAAGAUAUCCAUCGGAUUAUCUUUAGAUUUUUAAAAACUCGCAACAACAACCGUUCCGUUUGAGUAAAAAACAUUAUCAUAUCUGAAGCAGGUUAAUCGUAGUUUUUAUGUCAGCAUAGCCUAGUUAGUUUCUCUAUUUAAGUUCAGUGGGAAUUAUAAGUGUUAUUCGAUCGGAUUUUAGGAUAAUAGAAGCUGUCUUUAAAAAGUGCUUAGCAGAACAUGUUUUAUUAGAAAAGGUAAUAUUCUCGACAAAAUUGAGCUGUAUACAUAUAAUACUUGUGUAGAUGUUUGGUAGCUAUUUGUAUAAACAUUAAUGGGAUAUUAGUGUUAUACAGCAGUGGAUCAAACAUAAAUAAAUAGAUUCACUCUUUCACAUUUUCAAAAGGUAGUUUCGCCAAAUACAUAACAAUUACAACAAAACGACUGAAAUAUAACAUGCAAACUGGUAAUUUAAUUCAUUUCGCACGUUUUGUUUUCUUAUAGCUAGAUUAUAGAAAACUUUAUUUGUUUAAAUAGUGUUGUUCAGAUGUUUUACAAUUCUACUUUUCAGUUUAAUUACAAGUUUUUCUGGCUGCAGUGAUUCUGUCUUAUAUUUUAAGUUAUUUUGCAAUUCAAUUAUUUUGUCACUUCGUGUUUAAAAUGUCAACUUGUUAGUAUACCAUUUGGACCUGGUACCUACUGUUCAAUGCAUGUAACUGAAAAAUAAUAAGGGUUGGAAAAAAGAAGAAGAAGAUAUUUUAGAUUAACUAUCGUAGAUCGAGGUGGACGAUGGAUGUAAGUAUGUAACGCUUUUUCUUUGAAGUUGGAUUUAGCAAAAGGUUAGUAGUGAUGUGAUACAUAAAUGGAACUUGUACUAGGUUAUUAACAAGUUGGUGACAACUAUAUAAUAGUUUAACUAACAGUGACAAUUAUAAAUAAUAUCUCAAUAAGAUUUAUCAAAUUUUAUAAGAUUAUGACAAACUUUUUACUUUUGAUAUUCGAGCUGUUUGUAAUAAGUAAAAAGAUUGUUGAGGCUUUUGGACUUGUGCGUUGGUUCUUUAUUAUAUGGAAGACAUGUGGGGGUCUGCGUUUUCGGCUAUUCAGUGGAAGAGUUAUAUAUAAAUAAAGAAUUAUUGACCGCGAGUUGAAGAUGGACUUAAACAAAAAAAUUUCUCAACUAAUUAAACUAUGGUUGUAUAAAUUGGUCCAGAGGACACCUACACGCCCGUCUAUACUGUAAUUCAGUUAUAACAAAAACGAUUCUCUUAAAAUUUAUUAUAUGAUUUAAAUCGGUUUAAACUAUUCUUAGAUCGGUUUAAAAUAUUCUAAAUCAGUUUAAAUUUUUUAAACUAAAUAAUAACAUUCGUACAAAUUCAUAAAUGUCUUAUUUUUGUUUUGUUUUGUAUAUCUAAUUUUAAUAAUUUAUCAAAACAGUUUAUUAAUUAAACCCACAAAUUAAAAGAAGAGUUAAUGAGCUUUCUUACUUGAAAUUUUAUCGAAAAUUAUGAAAAUUCGAAAUUUUCUUUAUGUUAUAAAUUUUGUUUUGUAAUUUAAUUACAUUUAUACUAUAUAAUUAAGAGACUCAUACAUUAAAAUGACGCUAGUAAGAAAAUAUUAAAUCCAAAUCGUUAUACAUUAGCAUGUAACCAUGAACGAAUCAGAUCGGAUUUCACGAUGUAAAUCUGAAUACAGUCGAGUCAAAUUAACCAACACUAAACAUUAUGUAUGUUUUGUUAUAUUUUAGAUGGAUCGGGCCAGGCUAAUUAUAUUGACAUGCACUGAUCCAUCAUAGCUUGUUAGGGGAUGACUGUCUGACAUAAUCAUUUUGCGACCAUUUUUCAAAAUUCCACGAUAGUUAUUUGUCUCAAAAUUGUAAAUUACAUUUGUUAAACAGAUCUUUCGGCCACGAUCCUGAUACAGAAUCACAAAUAUAGGAAAACAGGAGUAUAGACUCUUGGACUAGUGCUAUAUAAUCUAAUCUAACGCAAAUGGGUCGUAAUUCAGCUGCGGUAGAUGCUAGCCCAUCGCCCAGACCAUCUUCUCAACUCUGAAGCCAAACUUCUCGCUUCUUGUGUGGACCAUAUUUUAUUUACUGUAUUGUCAAAGUUUGUAAUAUCAAGUAAAGUUGGGACUAUUUCCUUAAAAGUAAGUUCAUGAAAGAAAGAUUAACGUUUACCAAAAAAGUUUAAAAUACUCUUUUGACAUCUACUUUUUUAGUUCGGAUGUAUCAACAAAAAAAAAAAUCAGAGCUAACAUGGUCGGACAUGAUAACUCAUCUCUCCCUCAUCUUGAGAUUGUGCUCUAACAAAGUCAAAGCAAUGAGAGAGCAUUUCAUCAAGAUCUUUAUGUCCUUUGUCUUCCUUCUUACGUAUUUCAUUUUUUUCCUUCCCACAGUUCAUGCAAAAUAGGAAUAAUCUAAAUAUAAAUUUUUAAAGGGGUUAUUUGUGAAAUAGCCAAGAAAAUAAACAAAAUUAGUUUUCUGGAGAGAGAGUAGAGAGAGAUAGGAAGAUAAAAAGGGAGAGAGAGUGUGUUUUUGGUUGUUUAGUUAAUUUUAUUUUUUUUCUUAGUCACUGGGUGCAAUUUCCCAUUUUUAA